AUGUCGAAGAUGCUCGGGAAGGUUCUAGUGGCCAUGGUUUUGGUUCUCAUGGCCAUGUCCAGCUCAUGGACCCGGGCGGCAGCGAGGCCAUUGUUAUACGCCGAGGAACCCUCCCCUGCCGGUUCCGUCCGCAUUGCGCUGCCUUCACGGCCGUCGCAAUGGCGAGGGCGUGUGCUUCUGUCGCUCGAGGAGAAGAAGACGGAGCCAGGCCUCCCCCACUCCCCCCUAACCCUAACCGGUCCACUCCUUCCCCCACGACCUCUGCCCACGACCUCCUCUGUCCCCGAUCUGGAUCGGGGAAAACGGCACCCCGACCCCAUCGCCUCGACGUGCAUCGCCGCCCCGCCGUCGCCAGCACCCGCCUCCUCAACCCUCCUCCUCGACCGGCCUCUUGGCGCCUCUGCUUCCUCCCGACACAAGCCAUCGCCAUGGCUGCCGCGGCUCCCCGUCCUCGACCUCUUCUCCAACCAAGCCCAGACGCCAACGCGGUUCGACGUCGCCACCACCUUCCCCCGUCGUCGAUCUGCCUCGCCGGACCUCCUCGAGCCCACUGCCUUUGCCCUACGGCCCCGCGGUGAGGCCCCCGGCCUCUCCCUCUCUCCCCGUCCCCGUCGUCGCGGUCGCCGCUCUCCGCACACGCACGCGCUCCCGCUCACCUACCGCGUUGGUCGCCUGCGCCCAGCGCCGCUGCCGGCUGCGCACCCCUGCUCGACGCUCAUGUCGCCUGACCUACGCCCGCCUCUGCCCGCAACUCCCAGUGCCUCCCCUGUCGCUGCCCACCUCCGCAGCCGGUCCGCGCGCCCUGGCUACGCGCGACCACCGCUCCCCGCCUCUGCUGUAGCCGCCGGCACCCGCCUUGGCUCCCUUCCCUGUCGUGGUCUCGUCUUCGGCCGCAGCCGCCUCCACCGCCCCCUCGCGACCCCCCCGUCGUCCUCUGCUGCAGGCCGCCGCUGGGCUGGCCUCGCCGGUGCCGUUCCCGGCCGGCCUCGUCGCGGCCCCGGUCGUCGCCCGACGCCGGUGCCCAUCUGCGCCGCUCGGUCCACGCCUGGUCGGGCGCCGCUAGCGCCCAGCGCCCGCAGCCCGUAA